UAGCCCACCCAGGAGCUCUAUCGUAGCUUGGUAAGCCAGUGUCGUGAAAAAAACAGAGAAAUCUGCCGCUAUGCGUGAGGUGAUCAGCGUACACAUCGGGCAGGCGGGUGUCCAGAUGGGCAACGCCUGCUGGGAGCUCUACUGUCUGGAGCACGGCAUCAUGCCGGACGGCCAGAUGCCGUCCGACGAGUCCAUCGGUGUUGCCGACGACAGCUUCAACACGUUCUUCUCGGAAACGGGGAGCGGCAAGCACGUGCCUCGAGCUGUGUUUGUCGACCUGGAGCCGACCGUCGUGGAUGAAGUCCGCACGGGCACGUACCGUCAACUAUUCCACCCAUCCCAGCUGCAGACGGGCAAGGAAGACGCGGCCAAUAACUACGCCCGAGGUCACUACACCAUCGGCAAGGAGAUAAUCGACACCACCAUGGACACAAUCAGGAAGAUGGUAGACCAAUGCAGUGGGCUACAAGGCUUCCUACUGUUCCACUCGUUUGGCGGUGGUACCGGCUCCGGCUUUACGUCGCUUUUCAUGGAGAAGCUGUCGAUCGACUAUGCCAAGAAGUCCAAACUGUGCUUUUCCAUCUACCCGGCGCCGCAGGUGGCCACAGCUGUCGUGGAGCCGUACAACGCUGUUCUGUUCACGCAUACCACUUUGGAUCAUAUUGACGUAGAGUUCAUGGUCGACAACGAGGCUAUCUACCAACUGGCGCAAAAGAACCUGGACAUCGAGCGGCCGACUUACACCAAUCUGAACCGGCUCAUCAGCCAGAUCGUCUCUUCCAUCACCGCCUCGCUCCGCUUCGACGGCGCUCUGAACGUCGAUCUGGCCGAGUUCCAGACCAACCUGGUGCCGUACCCGCGCAUCCACUUCCCCCUGGUCACGUACGCGCCGAUCAUCUCGGCCGCGAAGGCGCAGCACGAGAAAAUGUCCGUGUCAGAGAUCACCCCGGCCUGCUUUGAGCCGGGCAACCAGAUGGUCAAGUGUGACCCGAGGACGGGCAAGUACAUGGCCUGCUGCCUCCUGUACCGCGGCGAUGUCGUGCCCAAGGACGUCAACGCCGCCAUCGCCUCCAUGAAGUCCAAGCGUACAAUUGAGUUCGUCGACUGGUGUCCCACCGGCUUCAAGGUCGGAGUUAACUACCAGCCGCCGACGGUGGUGCCUGGCGGUGACCUGGCCAAGGUAAUGCGCGCUGUAUGCAUGCUCUCCAACACCACCGCCAUCAAGGAGGCUUGGGGUCGGCUGGACCACAAGUUUGACGUCAUGUAUUCCAAGAGAGCCUUCGUCCACUGGUAUGUCAGUGAAGGCAUGGAGGAGGGAGAAUUCUCCGAGGCACGUGAAGACCUGGCUGCCCUAGAGAAGGAUUAUGAAGAAGUGGAGCAAGGAGUCAUCGACGACGAUGAGGACGAUGACUACUGAGCCGCCGGAAGAGAACCAGGGGUACUGUGGGAAGGGCACCGAGGAGCCUGCGACACGCACAUAAUUGUUGAAAUAUGUGUUGUUUGUCAGUAAGUAAUCGUGCGACUCAGCACGUUGACUUUUCCACCCGUCUCAGCCGCACGCAGUCGAGGAAGACGCCGUCAGCAACUACGCUCAGUGCCGUCAACCACCGCCGGCAAAAAAGUCGAGAAAACAUUUUUACUUCCAACAGCAGUAGCUGAAAAUUCUCACUCAUGUGGGCGUCAGAUCCAGAUGUUAUAUGCCAAAGUGUUUCUCUUCCCCUUCAUAUAUUCACGUAUAUUUGUAUAGCCAGCAACAAUAAAUGUUUAUCCCUUACAAGCUGCAGUAUUG